UCUCAGUUUUGGUUUGACCAGAUUAACUAAUACGAUGGGAAGAGAAUGAAGAGUUUUUCUCUUCAAGGAUUAUCAUGUCUAUGUCCUCAUCUUUCUCCGAUUAUUCUUCCGAUCUUCUCUGCGAUGAGGACGCCGGCAUAUUUGACGGAGACUCGCCGGAAUGUUUCUUUCCAACUCUCCAACUCCCUGCCGACAUGGAGUUAUCGAUUGCUAGGUCCGUAGAGGAAGAAGGAGAGUACAUGCCUGGAUUGGAUUAUCCCACAAGGUUUCGGUCUCAAGAACUCGACGCUUCCGCUCGACAGGAAUCCAUUGCAUGGAUUCUCAAGGUGCAUGCGUUCUACCGCUUCCAGCCUGUAACGGCUUAUCUCUCCGUCAAUUACAUGGAUCGUUUCCUCUCCACCCGUCGUCUGCCGGAAGCAAAAGGAGGAGGAGGAGGGUGGCCAUUACAACUGGUAUCUGUAGCAUGUUUGUCAUUAGCUGCUAAAAUGGAGGAAGCCCUAGUACCAUCACUUCUGGAUCUCCAGAUUGAAGGUGCAAAGUUCAUCUUUGAGCCCAAGACCAUCCGCAGGAUGGAACUUCUGGUUUUGGCUACCUUGGAUUGGAGGCUUCGUUCCGUAACACCUUUCGAUUUCAUCACUUUCUUCGCCUGUAAAGUCGACCCGACUACUACUUUUAUAGCUUCCCUCGUCUCACGCGCCACCCAAACUAUCCUAACCACUAUCCGAGAGAUCAACUUCCUAGAGUAUUGGCCAUCAUCGUUGGCUGCUGCAGCGAUACUCUGUGCCGCCAAUGAGAUUCCAAACGUAUCGUUUGUUGUUAACCCUGGAAGUGCUGGAUCCUGGUGCGAUGGACUAAAGAAAGACAGGAUUGUGAGUUGUUAUAGGCUAAUGCAACAAGUUGUGGUUGAACACAGUAGUAGUCAGAGAAAGCCUCCAAGAGUAGUACCACAGCUCAUCAGACUCAUAACUCAUCUGGGUGGGAUACGGUCGGGAAGCUCAUCAUCUUCCUUAUCGUCGUCAUCAUCUUCAUCUCCAUCCAGCAAAAGGAGAAAGCUAAACAACUACUCAUGGGUAGAGGAUGAAAAGGACAACCCUAUCAACUCUGAAGAAAGUGAUGACAUUGAAAGAGAUGGUAAAAAUAUUUGUUGGUCCAAAGGUGUCUAGCUAGUUUAAUCCUCGAUCAAUAUUUUUUUUUUAAUGUUG